AUGACUGAGGAGUCUAAGAAACCAGCCCCAAAACGAAAAGAGGAAGAUGACUCGGACGACAUAGCUAAACAGUAUAAAAGGUUCACGAGUGCCGCAAAAUUUAAUUUGAAUAGUGAGGAAGUCUACUGCAUUUGCCGACGACCAGAUCAUGGAGGUGAAUUGAUGAUUUCUUGCGAUGGAUGUGAAGAGUGGUUUCACUUUCGUUGCAUGAAGUUGGAUCCUGAGCUUUCCCGGCUUAUCGCCCGUUUUUUCUGCAAAUUCUGUGAGUGGAAAGGUGUUGGAGAAACAAGAUGGAAACGAAGAUGCCGAUUAAAGGGAUGUUUGGAGCCCGUCAGGCCAGAAAAGAACUCGAAAUAUUGCAGCGACGAACACGGUGUACAAUUCAUGAGACAGCUUUUGAUGAGUAGCUCCAAAUCUGCUACCCAAUCCGAUAUCAAAGCACUACUCGAUGCAGUGGAAAACGUCGACCAAUUUCAUACUUUGGGAACUCAAUUCCCAGAGCUUCCCGAAGUUAAAGUCUACCACGAGAGAGGUGACAACUUAUCACAGUUCCCAGAAAAUGUGCAAGACGAGUUGAAACAACUUCAAGGAAAACUUAAUAGGGUGACAGAGGGCAUAGAAAGCUGCAAUGUUAGAUUGGCUUUUUUGGCCAAGCUCAAAGAAAAGCACAAAAUUAUAAACUCGAAGGUUAUGGAAGCGAGCGGCAGCGGUGGAAAGCGCAAGAAGUACGAGUUAUGUCUUUUCGAUAAGAAUGUCAAGUCCGGCAUCGAGACUUCUGGAGAACAAAUUCACAAGUUGAUUGACUCGUCAGAUAUUUAUGCCGAUUUCGAAGAAGAAAUAGAUGCCAUUGUACAGAAGUACAAGCUGCGAGAGCAAGAUGAACUGGAGGAUGUUUGGUACAAUAAUCACUUGUGUGUUGAAGACAAAAGACGAUGUCCUCGCCACAACGGAUGGUUCAACUUGGUCCAGGAUGGAGUUUUGAGGGAGGCCGACAUGUUUGCGAUACAGAAAAGCAACUUGGAGAAUGAAGUUCUGACAGUGUUACGAAACUACAGCAUGACGAUAUACGAAGAUACAAAGUGA